AUGGCUUCAGAAAAGAAAAAUACUAGAAUCUUUAGAAAGGAGCAAAUUCUAAAUCUCACAGGAGCCAAAAAGGCUACAAAACCUCUCAGGCUGAGAGCACCCAUAGAUGUUGGUAUUACUGGAAGAGCCACUGAAAGACGCUGGCUUCAAAUCUUCAAUACCUUGCGAUUGGAUGCAUCAACAGAUGUAAGGAGAACUGCUGAAAUGAUCAAAGAAUUUGGUGCAACAGGACCAGACACAAUUUUGCUUGCAAGUCUUAAGAGUCUAGGAGGUAGCAUAAACAUGACAGUUGCUUCCGAAGUCUACUUUUUGGAGCCAUGGUGGAGCUCAGAAGUUGAGGAACAGGCAAUAGACCAUGUUCCCCAAUAUGGACAGCAAGAGGAUGUAGAGAUUAUUAGAUUGAUUGCUGAAAAUACCAUUGAAGAAAGGAUAUUGGAGAUGCAGAAGAAGAAACUAGAAAAUGAAGCUUCUUGA